GUGACGCGAGAUUUCAUUUACGCCAGCGGUCCAACAUGGCGACGUUGUUAUUGUCCUGGCACUCAUUUCAGCUUUGUUGUAUUGUCCACAUAUGAGCGAGUAGAGUUUGACGGGGGCAUGAGAGGAGUAUUUGGGGAUAAUGCUGCGAUCAACCGGCUUCUUCCGUGGGCUUGACUGUCCAUUUUACACGGAAUACACCGAGGGAAAAGGCAAUGGUUGCAACAGACCCUACUGUCACUUUAGGCACAGCCAGAAGAGACGACAGACAUACGGCGCUGCCAUCGAAACUAAGAAAGAACAAGGUUAUGACCCUUUCAAACCUGAAGUAGUGAGACCUCAAGAGCAUCAGAAUGGAACAUUGCCUCCAUCAGGAGACAUCACCGGUGCUCUGGAGAUUGUCAACAGGGCCAUCGAGGAGGUCCGCAAUGAAGUGGAGAGGGAGAAGAAAAAGCUGUCUCGGAUCGGAGACGAACCGUAUGGUGCCAAUGGAAGAACAGUUGCGUCUUCCUCAGACUGUUUUCAAGGUCAAGCACCUGCUACACACUUGGCAUACGAUCCUGGCAGUUACCAAAUGACGUCAGGGGGGUAUAACCCCACCCCUGGUUUCAGCAAGUAUACACUGGAUUCGGACAGUCGGGGUAGCAAUAACAACUGCAUGGAGUAUGUUCCCACUUCAUUAAAAAGGAAUCCAUGUCGAACACAAACUCACCAAGUCCCAUCUUCUCCAAUUCCAAAAUACUCAACCAGCACAUCUUUAUCAACGUGUAAAUACACUGUAGAUACUUCGAGACCAUCUACAGACAUGGAAUAUGAUCCGCUCUCCAACUACUCUGCAGGAAUUGCGGUAAAGCGCAAGAGAGAUGACACCAUGUGUGAUAUUAAUGUUGAAGCCAAAAAGACUCAAAGACUUCCCAUGGUAGAUGACGCAGCUGUACCGUCUGGGAGAAAAUCACAGCAAGAAUGUGUGGAGACAAACAAGUACACAUUCUCUGACUCUGGUGGGGAAAGCUCUGGAACUGAGUACAGACCAACUUCACUUAGUAGUCUGCAGCAGAGAAAAGCCAACAGUAUGAUAAAAGUUGCGGACAGUGUGGAGGAGAGUAAAGGCAGAUCAAAGGGUGCCUUACAGACACUGACACAGAAGAAUAAAGAGGACUCGAAGACGCAAAAACCUCUACAGCAAAAGGUUGGCCCAGAGAAAAAGAAGGUAAGAAUUGAGAAGCCCGAGAAAGCAAAAGAAGGCCAAAAAUCUCUGACCAAAAAAAGUAGCAAAGAUAAGGGCAGCGAUUCAAUGAAGAAGUCUCAGCAUGACGGUACAAAAAAGGAAAACAAGAGUCAUGGGAAGACCAGUGAUAAAAAGAACAUUGUUAAAGUCAAGACUGACGAUAAAGUCAGUAAAGAGCACAAAAAAGAUGAAAAGAUUAUUUUAAAAACAAAGUGUACCAGGAAACAAGAUAAGGACAGAGAGAACUGCGCGGGGGAAAACAGGAGUUCCAAGACUUCGGACAAGAAACAAAGCAAGAAGGAGGGGAAACACAAAAACGGUCAAUUGGAUAGUAGUAAAAGUAGUAAAAGAGAAAAGGAUAGAAAGAAACUCAACAAAAGUAACUCCCCAAGCGCUACCGCUAAGAGUAAAGCUAGUUCCGCAAUCAGCAAAAGUAAAUCAAAACACAACAUUGGCUCUAAACAUGUGAAAAGCGUGGAGCAGAAACAAAGAAGUUUGAGUCAUGCCGAUCUUUUUGGGGAUGACAGCGCUGACGAGGCAGAACCAAUUAUGAUCGAUGACAGCAGUGAUGAGCCGGAAGAAGUGCUCGUGAGGAAAUCGGCUGACGCUUUGAAGAGGGGACAAAUUAAUAAGAGGAAAGCUUCUGAGUUGACUCUGUCUUCCUCUGAGGAAGACAAUGACAGAGCUGUGGAUGGGCUAGAUAAAGAUCCUGCGAUUGACCUGUCAAUGUUCCAGGAUGACUUGGAUUUUGACACAGAUCCCAUGGAGGAGUGUUUGCGGAUAUUCAACGAAUCCACUGAUGUCAAGAAGGAAGACAGAGGAAGGCAAGCUAAGGAGCCCUCCAGAGAUUUAGAGGAGGACAACGAGAGCACUUUAACUACUCUCUUCCCUGGUCAGAAGAAGAGAGUGUCACACUUUGUUUCCAAAGGAAAUAACGAUGCACCUUCCAAGAAUGUGGUCCGGCCGUACAGGAGACCCACAGCGCAGGAGAUUUGCUAUCAGCGCAUGCAGAUGGCGCAGCAACAAGCUGCUCAGCUCUCUGCUUCAGUCAAACCACCCGCACAGAGCACACCCAGCCCCAGCUUUUCAGGAGAGAAGAAGAGAAUUGCACACCGUCCCAACCCGUUGACAGUAUUCCAAAAGACAAGUUCUUCAGAUGCUAAACCAGCCAGUGGCGUGCCUGUUAAGACCCAAACCACAGCUGGGAUCUUGUCAAAGACCACGUCCACUGUUGCACAAAAACGGGUGGCUCACACACCCACCAUGAAGAGUUCUUCGAUGAAGCGUCCCAUCAUUCCCAUUGAAUUUGGGGCCAAAAUUCCAACCAUUAUUCGCCAGCGCUACCUCAACAUUUUCAUAGACGAGUGCUGCAAAUUUUGCCCAUCAGAGGAAGUUGCCUUCCAGAUGGGCCUUGACGAGGAGAAGCUGGUGUAUGAGCGCAGUAACACUAAGAAAAUCUAUCUCAAUGUUGCUGUCAACACAUUGAAGAAGCUCCGCAACAAGAGCAGCUCGUGCCCUUCAGUUAUCAAGGAUGCAAGUUUACCACCUUCCCGGAAGCCACAGUCCCAUCAGGACGUUCUGGGAGGCCGUCUUGCAGCAACAACUAGUUUCACUGUCAACAGGAUGGGAAAACAGCAGGAAGAAAAUCUCAAAGGAGCUUCACUUUACAGGAAGCUGAAGGCUUACCUGAUGACAGAGGACCAGCUGCAGGAGCAUGGGUACCCGCGAAUAAGCCCAAACAGUGUUGGAAAGGCUGUUCUAUACAACCUCCCAGAGAAAAAGGUCAUCAUGGACCCAUUCAUCAAGAUAUGCUGCAGAUGUGGUGCCGAGUAUAAAGUUAACGUCAAGGGUAGCUGCCUACGCAAAGAAGAAUGUGCUUUUCACUGGGGGCGUGUGCGCAGGCAGAAAGUGGCUGGAGGAUGGGAGACCAUGUAUAGUUGCUGCUCUGGUGCUGUGGGCUCUUCAGGCUGCCAAACAGCACAGCAACAUGUUCAAGAUGGGCGUACAGAGUCAUUAGACGGCUAUGUGACAACUUUCAGCAAAGGUCUCCCACCUGAUGGCAAUGGUGGAGUGUUUGCUUUGGAUUGUGAGAUGUGUUACACCAAGCAAGGGCUGGAGCUGACAAGAAUAACAGUCAUAAACUCAGAGCUACAGGUCAUCUACGACACGUUUGUCAAACCAGACAGCAAAGUGGUUGACUAUAACACACGAUUUUCUGGUGUGACACCAGAAGACUUGAAUGGCACCACUAUCACCUUGAGAGAUGUUCAGGCUGUGCUGCUCAGUAUGUUCAGCGCUGAGUCAAUCCUGGUGGGUCACAGCCUCGAGAGUGACCUCCUGGCUCUCAAGCUCAUUCACAGUUCGGUGGUAGACACUGCCAUUGUGUUCCCUCACCGACUUGGUUUCCCCUACAAACGUGCCUUGAGGAACCUGAUGGCCGACUACCUGAAACGCAUCAUCCAGGACAGUGUUGAUGGCCAUGACUCAAGUGAAGAUGCUACCGCCUGUAUGGAACUGAUGAUAUGGAAGCUAAAAGAGGAUGCAAAAGUCAAAAGAUGACCUCACGCCACCCUUUCAGACCUUGCCUAGGGAGGACAUUUAAAGUUGGGAUGGUUCAGCCCAGUUUUGAGCACAUACAGGCCAGAAGCAUCUAUUUUUGUGGCUUAUUGCACAUUUCGAAAAUAGAAGCCCUAUUUAUCAGUGUUACUUGUAUUGGAUAAACCAAUCCUGCAUUGCACUAUGAGAGGAAAGCUCUUGAAGUGUCUUGAGUGCGAGUUGUUUAUCUGUUUAAACAUGCAUUUAUUUCCCAGGUUUAGAAGGAAGUCAAUUGUUCCUGGUUAUAUACAUGAGAGCAUUCGUCUGUUGGAACAUUAAUAUGGAAAUGCACUUGCUAUUUCCCCCCACAAUGGGCCCAUGUUCUCGUUGUAGAUGGCUAAUUGUUUCAUUUUUAGCUAUCAAAAACAUUGAGAUUUUUUGACCAUUUUAAGGAAACACGUUGUGUUUGCUCCAAACUAAUAUAUUUACAGCAUAUCACUGUGCUUUUCAGUACCAUCUCUGCCAUGUGCUCUGCAUGGAACAGAAAGUCAGGAAAUACAAAUUUAGAAGUUUAUCAUCAGCCUGCACUAUUGAAUUGAGUAUGAGGUACCCUGUUCUUUUUAUAACAACCACAUGGAAUGUUGUAAAUAGCCGCUACGUUUUCUUUUGUAUUGUUGGUUGUUUAUCUUUUCUAUUAAAAGGGUAUUACCAGUGGUUCCUAUUUUAUUUUUUCACGGGGGUGACCAAAUGGGGACAUUUAACUUGUGUGGCACACUAAAUACUAAAAGCAAAAAUUUCAGAAUAUCAUUAUGCUGUUGUAAUCAACCGCUUAGUGGAAAUCUGUCAGAAAUACUUGAGGAAAUGUCUGUAUAUACUUUGGUUAACUGUGUUGUAUUUAAUGUUACCAAAAAUCAAAUGUAGUACAGGCUAAAAAAGGUACUGUUAAAAUAUUUUGAGUUUCACAACAUUUGUGUAAUGAAUCUAUUAAGCACAAGGUGUACAGUGGGUGCUCUUUAUAUUUUAUCAUUAUACAUUUAAAUACAGCUUUACUUAUACAGUGCCGGCCAAAAGUACUGGCACCCCUGCAAUUCUGUCAGAUAAUGCUCAAUUUCUCCCAGAAAAAUGAUUGCAAUUAUUUUGCUUGCAAUGAAAAAACACAAAAGAGAAUGGGGAAAAAAUUAAUCAUUAUCAUUUUACACAAAAAUGGUCCGGACAAAAGUCAUGGCAACCUCAGCCUAAUACUUGGUAGCUCAACCUUUAGACAAGUUAACUGCGGACAAUCACUUCUGGUAUCCAUCAAUGAGUUUCUUAAAAUGCUCUGCUGGAAUUGUCGACCAUUCUUCUUUGGUCAACUGCUCCAGGUCUCUGAGAUUUGAAGGGUGCCUUCUCCACACUGCCAUUUUCAGAUAUCUCCACAGCCAGGUGUUCUAUGGGAUUUAGGUCUGGACUCAUUGUUGGCCACUUUAGAAGUCUCCAGUGCUUUCUCUGAAACAGUUUUCUAGUGCUUUUUGAAGUGUGUUAUUGGUCAUUGUCCUGCUGGAAGACCUAUGACCUCUGAGGGCUUUCUCACACUGGGCCCUACAUUAUUCUGCAAAAUUUGUUGGUAGUCUUCAGACUUCAUUAUACUAUGCACACAGUCAAGCAGUCCAGCGCCAGAGGUAGCAAAGCAACCCCAAAACAUCAGGGAACCUCCGCCAUGUUUGACUGUGGGGACCUUGUUCUUUUCUUUGAAGGCCUCAUUUUUUUCCUGUAAACUCUUAUGUUGAUGCCUUUUCCCAAAAAGCUCUACUUUUGUCUCAUCUGACCAGAGAAAAUUCUUCCAAAACACCUUUGGCUUUCUCAGGUAAGUUAUGGCAAAUUCCAGCCUGGCUUUUUUAUGUCUCUGGAUCAGAAGUGAAGUCUUCUUUGGUAUCCUACCAUACAGUAGAGUCCCUUUUCAUUCAGAUGCCGAUGAAUAGUACGGGUUGACACAGUUGUAUCCUUGGAUUGCAGGACAGCUUGAACUUGUUUGGCUGUUAGUCGAGGGUCUUUAUCCACCAUCCGCACAAUCUUUUGUUGAAAUCUCUCGUCAAACCCUUUUCCGUCCACACCUAAGGAGGUUAGCCACAGUGCCAUGGGCUUUACACUUACUGAUGUGAUGACUCUCCGCACGGUAGACACAGGAACAUUCAGGACUUUGAAGAUGGACUUGUAGCCUUGAGAUUGCCCUUGCUUCCUUACAAUUUUGCUUCUCAAGUCCUCAAACAGUUCUUUGGUCUUCUUUCUUUUCUCCAUGCUCAAUGUGGUACACACAAGGUCACAGGACAGAGGCUUAGUCAACUUUAAUCCAUUUUAGCUGACUGCAAGUGUGAUCCAGUUAUUGCCACCACCUGUUAUGUGCCACAGGUAAGUAACAGGAGCUGUGAAUUACACAAAUUAAAGAAGCAUCACAUGAUUUUUCAAAGGGUGCUAAUACUGUUGUCCGGCCCAUUUUGUAAGUUUUGUGUAUAAUGAUAAUGAUUUAAUUUAUUCCCCAUUCGCUUAUGUUUUUUCAUUGCAAGCCAAAUAAAUGAAGCUAUCACUACCAAAAGAGUUGUAAUUGCAAUCAUUUUCUGGGAGAAAUUUAUCAUUAUCUGACAGAAUGGCAGGGGUGCCAAUACUUUUGGCCAGCACUGUAUACUGCAUGCAUGAUAAAGCUCAGUUGAGAACCAGGAAAAUUUAGACUGGAGACUGCUUGCUGCUCCUAAUAUUCCUGAUAUUUGAUUUGUCUCCAAUGGGUUGACAGCGCCUUGCAUGGCAGCAGCUCCAUUGGUGUGUGAAUGUGUGUGUGAAUGGGUAAAUGUGUGCUAAUGUAAAGCGCUUUGGGCAUGGUAACCAUGCAGAUAAAUGCACUAUAUAAGUACAGUCCAUUUACCAUUUGCCAUAUCAGUGGUUGUGAAGAAACAACGAAGACGGGAGGUAAUGAGGCACAUUGUGACAUUAACAAUGUCACCAAUUCUGCAUCCUGUCAUUUGCUGUAUAAUGUUACAGUCAUCCCUCACUACUUCACGCUUCAAACUUCACACACUCAGUCCAUCGCAGAUUUCUUUCCCCAAUUUAUUUUAUUUAUUUAUUUUUUAAAAAUACAGAUAAGCUGUCCCGAGCCGAUCGCUUCUUCUCACUCUCGCUCCCGCAAACAGUUUGCUAAGGACAUGUCAACAAAUCACAUGGAUUACUGGAACAUUGUCCUAUGGUCCGAUUAGACGGACGGGCUUUCUUGUGUGCCAUCUUCAAAAGAGGCUUCCUCCUAGGGUGACAGCCAUGCACACCAAUUUGAUGUUGAGUGCGGCGUAUGGUCUGAGCACUAACCGGCUGACCUCCACCUCUUCAAUCUCUGCAGCAAUGCUGACAGCACUCCUGUAACGAGUCAUAUGACAUUUUGGAGGGAAAAUGACAAGCAGUACGCAAUUUGGACAUUUAGGGAUGCACAUUUUCCAAAGGGGUGUACUCACAUUUGUCACCAGGGG